AUGAGGAAUACAAGGACGACUUCUUUCAAAUCGAAGUUCACGAAUACAAAAGAAACAGUUUUGAAUCUAGAUGAAGAUGAUGAUGAUUUCGUUUCUCCGCCUAUAGAAGGUGUCGGAAGUGAAACAAAUGAUAUAAAGAUUGUUGGAUCAAGCAAAACAAAGAAACAGAGGAAAACAAACUCAAGAUCAGAACAUGGAAAGAACAAUGUAGAUUAUGGGAAAUCAGAUUGUUUGGUCAGCAGAAAACAACUGUGGAGAAGAGAUGAUAAGACAUGCUAUUACCGUGGACCUAUACUCGUUCUGACAAAGUUGGAGAUUAGUGCUGGGGGGUUUGGUAGGCAGCUAUUGGAAAAAUUUGAAGAUAUUGUUGAUGAUGAUGGAAUGGUUCAUGAAGAUGAGAUGUUGGAUGGGAUACUGAGGGAUUAUGGUGCCGAGGAGGCAUACGUGGCUGUUAUCGAGCAUCGCUAUGGAGUAAUAUUGUCCGAAAAGAAGAAUAUUGAAAAAGCUCCAAAACAUGGAAUUGAGAAAUUCCCAGACAGCUUGAUGUUGAAGGAGUGGUGUGAAAAAAAUAAAGAAUUGUUCAAAGAAGUGAAUAAUGCAGACGCUGGAGGAAUGAAAUAUAACGAAGCUAGUUUUGAUGGUGAUAGUAACAAAGGAGAGGCAGAUGGUGGUAAAGAAGAAGGAUUGUCUCCGUCCACGAUUGGUAAUUCAUGGCGAAAAGAAUGA